GAUUUUUCUCAAUAAAAUAGCCGACGCUUCGGAAGCAUAGCUUAAUCUGCGAAUCAGAUUACGUGCAUAAUGGAGAAAAAAUUCUUUCUUUUCUUUUUAGUGUUAAACCUAGCAACUGGAAGUGAAAUUACAGACAAUGAUGAUUCGGCCAUGGAAAAUCCAGAUUUAAUUGAAGGAGACAUAGUACCCGAAGAUGGCUAUGGCGGUGAUCGCAAUGCCUUGGUGUCAGAGAGACAGUUAUGGCCGAAGGGCAGAAUACCUUACGUAAUAAACUCUGAUCUUAGGGACAAGACAGAUCUCAUAAAGAAAGCAAUGAAGUUUCUUAAAAAUAACACUUGCAUUCAGUUUGUCCCAAGAACUAUUGAAAAGGACUACAUUCGAAUAGUGAAAGGCUCUGGAUGCAAUUCAAAAUUAGGAAGAGGAAAUGGAGGAGUGCGGGUUGUUUCUCUUGGUGACGGCUGCUACAAAUUAGGCACUGUCAUACACGAGCUAAUUCAUUCAGUUGGAUUUCAUCACGAGCAAACCCGUUCUGACAGAGACCAAUACAUCACCAUUCACUGGGAAAACAUCAAGAAAGGUCAUGAGCACAAUUUCGAAAAAUUCAAACCCAUGGAGAAUAUUCUUUUGUUAAAAUACGAUUACAACUCCAUUAUGCACUAUGGAUCUAUGAGCUUCAGCAAAGACAAGAGCAGAGGCCUUAAAACAAUGACUGCUAAGAAGAAAGGCGUUACGUUGUUAUCACCGAAAGAAAAAAUGCCGACUUCCAAUGAUGUUAAAAAAAUUAAUUUGCUUUAUAAAUGCUCAUCCCGAUCAUAGAUAAACUGUUAUUUUAUUUUUCAAUAAAAUAUUUUUUUAUGUUUAAAA